AUGCUCGCUAGCCUGUCUGGUACGAUGCAAGCGCCCGCACCAGUGCCCCUGUUUCGCAGAGUGGACAUCGCCUUGGGCUGCUCCUACGUGUGGGAAGAUGUCAGGGGCUUGCUGCGUGCCUCCGGCGGCUCAUCCUCCCAGCAUCCCGCUACCCUCGUCCUGAGGGGUAUCAGCGUCAGAGAUGACGGGAACUUGGACGAUGUCACCGAGUACGAAGUCCCACAGGGAAAUCCUGACUCCUCUUCUCCCAUUGUCUUUGAAGCCUCAGCCCAGUCGGUAUCCAUCCCGCACGCAGAGUCCCUGCUGCACGCGGAGUGUGACGGGGAGGAGGUGAACUGCGAGAUCUCCCCGUACAGCUCCCAGCAGGCUGGCGAGGGGCUCUGCCGUACCUCCUGGUUCAUCGCCACCCUGCAGCUCUCCGGCGGGAUCAGUAUCACCUUGGUGCUCAGAGGCCCCCACUGCAGCAGCCGGGAGGAGAAGGAGCACGAUGCAACGCUGCACCCAAAGCUGAAGAUUCCUAUGAGCAAGGAGAGCACGGUGCUGACCACAGUUGAAUUUCAGUCGUCAUCACGCAACACUUCCCUGCACACGCAUCUUGGCAGCUCAGUCACCCUCGACUGCCGCUUUGCCUUGGCUCCCAGCUCCUCGUUCUCCUCGCUGGAGUGGAGGAGGCAGCACCGAGGCAGUGGCCGUAGCCUUUUCCAGUACCAGGUGGGGAGCACAGGCCCAGCUGUGCAGCCAAAAGUCCACGUGGAUGUGGCAGAGCUGGUGGGGAGUGGAGAUGCAUCGCUUAGCCUGCAAGGAGUGAGCGUGGAAGAUGAAGGGACGUACAUCUGCUUGGUGUCCACCCCGCUGCACCAGGCCCAGCACAUCAUCCAGCUGCAUGUGGCUGAGCCUCCAAGAGUUCGUGUCAUUCCAGCAGUGGUGUCAUUCGAGAGAGAUGUGACGACUACUCUGACCUGCACUGUUGCUGGCUAUUACCCCCUGGACGUCUCGGUGAGCUGGACACAGAAGACUCCUGAGGAUAACGCGGAAAUCCCUCUCUCAAACGCACGUUUCUCCAGCCACCGGCAAAGCCAAGAUGGCACGUACAGCAUCACCUCCUACCUCAGCAUCAGCUCAGCCACAGCGCAGGCACCAGCCACCUACAGCUGCCAUGUUUCACACGUGGCCCUGGCAGAGCCCAUCUCUGUGAGCAGCCAUCUUAAGGCACCAGAGCAAACGGGAUCGGAAGGACUGGUGGGGGGUUUCAUGGCCACCAUCAUUUUCAUCAUCGUCCUCUUUGUCGUGCUCAGGAGACGAGCAGCUAAACCAAAGUCUGAGCAACUUCUAAGGGCUCCAGAAUAG